AUGGCCGAGAAGCGGCAGCAUGUGGUUUUCCUGAACUUUCCGGGGACAGGGCACAUGAAUCCAACGCUGCCCUUGGUUGCGGAGCUCAGGCAGCGGGAGGUGGAAGUCACUUAUUUCGUUGAUGAGCCACUGCGUCAGGUGGUGGAGGCUGCAGGAGCGAGCUGGCGAUACAUGCAGGACCCCAUGGAGAUGAACGAGGAGCAGAUUGCGCAUUACGUUCCAGAAGGAGCUCCCAAGGAAGACUAUGAAUUCCCCAUGUCCGCGGUUGCUAUCGCAGCUUCAGUUUUGCCUUGUCUCCUCUCGGAGCUGAAGACUCUGCAGCCCCCUCCCACGACCAUCAUCUACGACCCGUUUCUGCCACAGGGCCUCGUGGCUGCCAAGCAAUUAGGCAUCCCUGGCAUCGGCUCUGUGACCCUUACCGGACCUGGGGUGGUAGCACUACCACCGUUCCUGAUCGACAGCUGGGAGUCCAAAGUUGCAGUCUGCCGCGGCCGGCAGGAAAUCAAGGACUGCUACGAAAUCGACAUCUUCGAGCAUGGCAGCUUUCUGGAGUUCUAUUCGCCGGACCAGAAUAUUGUUACGACAGUGGAUUCAUUGUACAUGCCUCCAACCACUCCGACACAGCUCACACGCUUCGGCCACUUCCCAUUUCGAUGUGUUGGCCCACUGCUCAGUCCGUCGGUGAAAAGGAUAUCCCAUGCAAAGACAGCUGCCACAGAGACGACCAGGUUUCCAUGGGACCAGCUGGAGGCUGCAUCUGCUUCUUCCAAGAAGGUGGUUCUGAUCUCCAUGGGAACAGUUGCCACCUCCGCCUUUUGGGAGAAGCCCUUUGGCCCCCAUGCAGGCAAGAACGGAUUGCAAGAUACUACAGGCAAAGAGUUCCUGCAGUUCGUUAUUCGGAGAGCUUACGAGGCCUUUCGGCAUGCCGAGCACAUGUUCGUGAUCUUGGCAACCGGGCCACACCAAGAUGCCCUAGACGGGCUUCCGGAAGUUCCAGGCAACUUCCUGUUGCAAGACACCGUUCCACAGCUUGAGCUGCUUCCAAGAUGUGAUGCUUUUGUGACCCAUGGCGGUGCGAACAGUAUGCACGAGGCUCUGAGUUUUUCGGUGCCGUUGGUUGUCGUUCCGAUGUUCGGAGACCAGCCCGGCAAUGCAGAUGCGGUAGCACAGCGAGGUGCUGGCUUCGCCUUCCGCAAUCCGCUUGAGAGCCUUACUGCUCAGGCACUCCGGUCCUCCGUAGCUCAGCUGCUGGAAGGAACGAGCAGCUUUCGUGCUACGGCCGAGGCAAUUAGUGCUGAGAUCCGCCAGGCAGGCGGUCUGCCGCUUGCUGCUGAGCUCACUUUGGAGACGGCCGAGCUCCGCUCUUCGAAACUCGGUGGUGCAUAG